AUGGUUGAAAAAGACGAUAUACAUUCGCUCCUGCAGACAGGAUCGUGGAGGACAUCCCGCUCGAAGAGCCCAACUCCUUAUGAUUCACACCGUCGCGCCUACGAACCGCCCAAGUCGAAUAUCGGUGUUCCCAGGUCGGCAGAGCCCCAACCGUACGACAAACGACCGCCGCGCCCCAGUGUGGAGGAUGAAGAAGAGUCAUUGGCACGAGAGCACGUGGGGUCCAUAGUCUCGAUCACGUCCGAUGAGGAGCCCAAGUACCGCGGCGACAUCGAUCAGCAACCCAUUCUCCUAGAAGUCCAUGAGCAUAACCCUGAGCGCAGAUUCGUGAUUGUCCCGAACGCUGGGAAUGGGGACGCUCCGAAUACAAACCUGCCUGAGCACUCGGCUCCCAAGGAGCAGUAUGAGGCCAACACUUGCAGAAAGUAUGUUCUCGUCACGCCGGGGAAGACGGAAGAUGAGGGCAUUGAGGACAAGGAGGCCCCGGAACAUGCCAGGGACGAAAAGAAAAGGGCCGAUCUUCCGAAGCGAAAGAGCCACCAGGAUCUGCCACGCCUCAGUACUCAAUUUGAGCAGCCUGAGCCCUCGAUCCGCCGGUCUGGUAGUCGAAGGGUCCGGGAAGAUGUGGUCGUGGAUCAAGAGUCCCAAAAUCGUCCUAAACCUCGCGAUACUGGCACCACACGCAACCCCGACGACGCUUUUCUCUCUCCCGCCACGGUUAGGCAAACCGCAGGGAAACGAGAUCGAGCAUAUUGGGACUUCAGCAAGGAGACGAGUGGAAACUCUAACCGCAGUUCCUCGUCUAGGGCGGCUGCCGGGGUAGAAGCGCCCGAGAGGAAGCGUCCUUCUCAUUCGGCAUCUGGUCUUUCGUCGAACCCGACGGUGCAUAAGCGUGCAUCCUCCACGACUAACAUGCCGGUCCGGGAUGGGCCGCCUCCGGAAAGGCCAAGGUCCUUUAUUCAGCCCUGCGGCUACGGCGAUCCUGACGAGAUUUUCGCUUUCAUGGCCCCUGGCGAUGACUUCAUUGCCGGAAGACCUAGCAGGGAUGAAUCUCCUCGCAGGACUCGAAACGGUGACUCGCCGCCCUAUCCGCGUGGCGCAAGAGAGAUGCCUGGCCGGUCACCUAAUCGUAGACACAAACCCCGGUCCGGAGCCCGAGAGAGGGAUGGAUACUCGAGCGACGAGGGUUACAGGGAGAGACGCCCUAACCGUGCUGAACACGCGUAUCCUGCGCGCUCAGUCGUGGAGUCCGAAUAUCCAUCUCUGACGCAGGCUGAUCAAGCGCGGCAACCUCCCUCCAAACUCGAACCUCCAUUUCCUUCUCUGGGCCCUGCUCAUUCCGGUCAAGCCGGAGACAACUCGCUCGUGCCAAGUCCCCGGAGCGCGACAUUUCCUACCGACAAGAGUAGGCGACAGGAUGAGCGCUCACUGUCGCGGUCUCCUCCAACCAGCACAUCGCCAACGCGGCGACCCCCUCGAGGCAGUAGAGAACCCCAGUAUAACCUUCGCUCUCGAGGCGAUAGCGUCAGUACAGUUUCGAACGGGUCUGUCUCACUUCCGCCUUCGGUGCCGGGCUCGCUUAGCAGAACUAGUGCUGCCGAGAGGAAACCGUUGGCUGGGCCCGCAGCGUCCCUUGUGCGGCAUCAAUCUUCAGAACUGAAAUCCCCAGCACCCUACUGGCAGACCAGCCGCACGGAGGAAAGGAGCGAUACAGAACAGCGCACCACCGCAUCAAUCGCCCGAUACCCGGAAGAAGCUUUGAAGGGAGCUUUUCCGCAGCUUCCAGAUUGCCGGUGGAGGCGGCCUACUCCUGCGCGGAAUGUAACUAGCAGCGACAAGUUCCGAACCUUGAAACGGGCCGAAAAUUUUACCAUCUGUCCCGACUGUUACGAGGCGGUGUUUGCAAACACUGAUUUCAGGCAUCAGUUUGGUCCGAGUCCUGCCCGCCCCAGCGAUCAGUUGAUCUCGUGCGAUUUUGGUUCUUCCCAUUGGUAUAGGAUUGCCUUUCUCAUGACGCUCAAGCACGGGUAUCCAGACCUGCGGCUGCUGCAGGGUGUAGCCUCGGUUGACGCACGUUGUCAGCCAUGCGGAGGAAAUCAAGUCGCAACACGCAUCUGGUACAGCAUGAUGGGGCCCAACUCAAGGCAUCCCAUACAUACUUUCAACGUCUGUCUGGGGUGCGCCAAGACGGUCGAGGCUCUGUUGCCCAACCUUGCCGGCGCAUUUGUGCCACUGGACUCGCACGAACCGUCGAAAGACAUCUGCGAACUCCACUUUACGCCGGAACGCAAGCGCUUCUGGGAGUAUUUUGAGCUGAUGGAGACUACGUCAGACGAGGCUCUUCGUCACAGGACUGCCCCUGACAUUGCCGAACUUGCCGACCGUAUUCGAGAGCUCUCGCUUAUUGAGGAGUGCUUGCGCAACACUCCAGUGCCAAACCGCACCUGGCACGUCAUGCAACAGAUACCCGAGUUCACGGUCUGCGAGGCGUGCUUUGAUGCUGUGGUCUGGCCCAUAAUUGAAAACGAAGACAGCGACGUUCCGCGGAAUUUCUACAAGGGCCGGCAGCCGAGACCGCUUGCUGCGUGUCAGCUGUACAGCAAGCGCAUGCGUGAAGUCUUUCGGCUGGCGAGUCAAUAUAAUGACUUCAACUACCUUGCGUCCCAUGUGCGGGAGCGGCUUAGGGCGCUUGCAGAGAUCAAGGCGAGGUAUAACGAGCUGCUGCGAGAGGACCAAGAGGACCCAGAUGUGCAGGAGGAACUCGCAGUCUUGGCCGCGAGGUUCAAGGAGGUCGAAUGA